AGCUCGUUCUGCUUGUUGGUUACGUUGUAUCAAUCUCCAGUAUAGGAGGGUACUAACAACCAGCAAGAUACAGAUACAUCGAAAGCAGAGGAAUUAACCCGGGGAGGAAAUCUGUUCAAUGUUGGAUUUACUGUACAGGGGACCAAAGGGAAAUAUUAAAUCCUUGAAUGAUUCGAGAUUUAACCUAAAAAUGACCGCCCGAGCCGGUAUUUUCGAUUUGGAACGGGAUCUCAAAGUGUGAUGGCAGCAGUCCAGUGAAUUGCUGGCCUCUCCUUUUCCUUGCCGUUGGAUUUCUUGGGGAGUGCAUUGGUCUGUGGUUAUUUUGACAGAUUUUUGUUGUCAUUCUCGUCAAUUACUUUUACUCUUUCUAUCUAUGGAGUGUACGUAAUCCGUCGUUGUACUGGGGUUUUCACACGGGGGCAAAAUGUGGGUAAAUAGGAAGGGGAUACCUAGACCCUAAGGAUUCUCUCAACCCAGUCCCCCAGCAGUCAGAGAAGGUGGCGGACCUCAUUGAGGCAAACCUGGGCCGUUGGCACUAAAAUGUCCUUAAGUAGUGGCACUGCAGGCGGGAAAGGUGUGGACUCGAAUGCGGUGGACACUUACGACAGCGGUGAUGAGUGGGACAUCGGUGUAGGAAAUCUGAUUAUCGACCUUGACGCUGACUUAGAAAAGGACAAACUUGAGAUGUCUGGAACCAAGGACGGAGGGGGUAUGACGGCUCCGCCCACUGCUGUUGCAGCUUUGCCUGACAACAUCCGAUUUGUUAGUCCUGUACCUGGCCCUCAAGGCAAGGAGAGUAAAUCUAAAUCCAAACGCAGCAAAAACUCUAAAGACAAUAGUAGCAAGGUCUCAGCUGGAGAUGGGACCAAGAAAGAAGGGCAGACGCGAACCCAAGGGGAACCAACCAACACUGGUGCUACUGCAGGAGCCACUAGCAACAAUUCCACUACUGGCAAAGGAAUGGAGAAGGGUGGCAAAGUCUCUCGGAACAGUGGUAAAAAAGACAAGGAAGGGGCAAGUGGGAAAAGUAAGAAGGAGAAAAGCGAGGGAGUGCCAGUGGUGGUAAUAGCUGCCACUGAAAAGGAGCUGGUUUCUCAAGUAGCUUUGGGGGUUAACCGUAGUGCCCCCUUUGAGAACACACAAUCUACAGACUUGGUAGGGGACGAUCAGUUGGGGAAUAUUGCACUCGAGUCUGUUGGGAUAGUUCCAGCAUUGACAAUUAAAACUGAACCACAGGAGCUGGACAAUAUAGAAUGCAGAACAUUGAAGAAAGUGAAAAAUGAAAAGAUGGAAUCUCCUGUCUCCACACCGGCCCCUCCCGCCCUCCACCUCCUGGCCGCCGUAGGCGACAACAUCGCGUCCCCGUGCGAGCAGAUAAUGGUGCGCACGCGCUCGGUGGCGUCCAACACAUCAGACGCGUCCCUGGCCACGGAGCCCGAUUGCCUUGGUCCCUGCGAGCCCGGGACUAGCGUCAACCUGGAGGGCAUUGUGUGGCAAGAGACCGAAGACGGCAUGCUGGUGGUGAAUGUGACCUGGAGGAACAAGAGCUACGUCGGCACCCUGUUGGACUGUACUCGACAUGAUUGGGCACCUCCCAGGUUCUGUGAGUCUCCCACCAGUGACUUGGAGAUGAGGAAUGGCCGGGGCCGGGGCAAGAGGAUGAGGCCCAACAGCAACACACCCGUCAACGAGAACAGCAACUCGUCGGACAACAAGGGCAGCGGCACCAGCAAGACACGUGCCGCCAACAACAACAGUAAGGGCCGGCGGGGCAGCCAGACGUCGUCGGAGCGCCGCACGCCACCCAACAGCAACACAGAGGACGUCAAGGCCAGCCCCUCAUCGGCCAGCAAGCGCAAGUCCAAACCUGCCUCAGACAUGGAGCCCAACUCCAGCUCUGAGGACACCAAAGGCAACAAGCGCAUGCGCACCAACUCCAACAGCGGAGGAGGAGGGGCGCUUCCCCCUGUCCUUCCCCCCAUCCCCUCAAUUAAAACUGAGCCCCAGCCCCCGACACUAGACCGCAACUGUCCCUCGCCGGUCCUCAUCGACUGCCCGCACCCCGGCUGCAACAAGAAGUACAAGCACAUCAACGGCCUCAAGUACCACCAGGCACGCGCACACAACGACGACGACGACAUCAAGCUGGACCUGGAUGGGGACAGUGAGUACGGGGAGGACUCCACGCUUCAUCCCGAGCCGGGGAACUGCAACGGGGCCUCCAGUUCUCACAAAGGCUGCCUGUCUCCCGCACGGUCUGUCACCCCCAAAGGAAGGGGCUUUGACUGCCAGAGUCAGUCUCCUUCCCCGGGCAAGUUUGGUUCCAAACAGAGUAAAAAGAAAGGUGGCGACGCUGACCCUGAAGCAAGCGGCAUACCGAUGGAAGGCUGUGACGACGGACCCUGUCUCACAGACGAGGCCAGCAACGACGGCAUGGAAAAGUCCAAGUCCCAGAAAAAGUCAAAGACCGACAAACUAUCUCAGAAGAACAUGAAGUCAUCGUCCCGGCCUGUACCCCCAGGGAGCGUAGCUUCCCAGCAGCUCUACUCCCUACAGGCCGCUUUCCCUGCCGGGGGCAACCCCAAUGCUUCUCUAGGGAUCCCCCCUAUGAUACAGGGCAUCCCCAAAAGCCCCCAGAUGAAGGGCACCCAGCCCACCAAACCCCCCGCCGCGAUGGGAGACCCUGCCGUGCUGAACCCUGCCGCGCUGAACCCUGCCGCGCUGAACCCUGCUUCCGGUGCCUCAAAAGAAAAGAAGAAGAAGGAGAAGAAGAAGAGAGACAGCAGGAAGGAGGCAGAGAGCCCCAAGCCUCUGGGGAAAGGGGUGAAACCAGAAGAGGGCAAGAGUCCCUACUCUGAGUCCUCAGAGCCAGGAAAAGGUGACGGGCUACUUAACGGCUCCUCGGACCCCCACCAGAGCCGUCUUGCCAGCAUUAAGGCAGAGGCGGAUAAGAUCUACAGCUUCACCGACAACACCCCCAGUCUGUCCAUAGGGGUGGCCAGCCGGAUAGAGGGCUCGGGAAUGCCUCAGCCACUCACGCCCCUCCACGUGGUCACCCAGAAUGGUGGCGGAGCCGCCGACAACUCCUCGGUCAAGACCAACAGCCCGGCGUACUCGGACAUCUCGGACGCAGGGGAGGACGGCGAGGGCAGACUUGUGGAGGGGGUGAAGGUCAAGGUGGAGGACCAAGGUAUCAGAGAAGGAGCAAAGAAAGCCUUGUUUCCCAGCCAGGCGCCCAACAAGGAGUCUCCGUACUAUGCCGGCUAUGAGGCCUACUACUCGCCCAACUACACCUGCCCGAGCCCCGGUGCCGCCAACCCAGGCAUGCCGCACACCGAAAGUCCGGCAUUGAAAGUGAAGCGUGAAGACGAACAGGAGAAUGUGGAAGACAAGGUCAAAGUGGAGCCUCACGAAGAUCGCAAACCCGAGAUGAACGCCUCCAGUCAACAACAACAUCAUCAUCAUCAUCAACAACAACAGCAGCAGCAGCAGCAGUCAGUCAUCCAACAGCGCUCCAACAUGUACAUGCAGCCUCUCUAUUACAACCAGUACUCCUACGUUCCCCCGUACGCCUACCACCCGGACCAGGCCUACCACAACCACCUGCUCAACACCAACCCAGCCUACCGGCACCAGUACGAGGAGCGCCAGCGCCAGGUGAUCUCUGAGCAGCACCGGGCGGCGGUGGCGGAGAAGAAGAGCUCUGACGCGGCGGCCAUGAAGGAACGCGAGGCCUCCAUGAAGGAGGAGUGGAAGCAGAAGGCCCUGGGGCCGCCCACUCUCUCCAAGGCCCCUGGAAAGACGGACAGUCUGGCCAACAAGACCCAACAGAACCAGGGUAAGACCAGAGACUCUCCAUCCGAGCCCUCCAAGGCCUCCGCCACAGGCCUGAAAGGAGAGGUAUCUAAGUCCCAGCAGGCCGAAGGGCUGAAGAUGAAGCUGAGUGAAGGGGGGCACCAUGGGAAGGAGGACUCCAAGCCAAGCCUAGACUCCAGAGCAGGGAUAGAGCAAGCCAUGUGGUACAGACAGCAGACCCAGAUGGAGGACGAGCAGCAACAACCACCACCGCGGUGGAAAGACGAGAGAGACCGAGAGCGAGAGAGAGACCGCGACCGCAAAGGAAAGGACGACAGGCCCAACAGGCCCAAGGAGAGUGGCGGUCCGAAAGAGGAGGAUGGCGCUGGUCUAAAAGAGGGCACAGACCCCAGAACGUCUUCUGCUGAGGACCAACGGGCCAUGGGCAAAGACCCUCGCACCAAUGCCCACAUGCAGUUCUCCUCAGCCCUGGCGCAGCACCAGGGUUACAUGCCCUAUAUGCAUGGUUACCCUUAUGGGCAGGGCUAUGACCCCAGCCACCCCGGGUACAGAGGCAUGCCCACAGUCAUGAUGCAGAAUUACCCAGGUUCCCCCUACCUGCCUGCGGGCUAUCCGUUCUCUCCUUAUGGCGGCAAGAUGGCUGGCGGUGAGGAGGAGGCGAGGGGAGGCGACAAGUCGCGCGCCAGCCCCACGGUGAGCGGCAAGGCAGCUUCGGUGGACUCCAAGGCCCUGGACAUCCUGCAGCAGCACGCCAGCCAGUACAAGAGCAAGUCCCCCACGGUGGGCGACAAGCCGUCCCAUGAGAGGGACAGGGGAGAGAGGAGCGGCGGGGAGAGGGAACGAGAGAGGGACAUGGAGCGGCCACGCUCCUCGCCCUCCCAGCGCAUCAUGCCCUCCCAUCACCACCUGGGAUACCCGCUGCUCUCGGGCCAGUAUGAUCUGUCCUACACUACAGGUCUCUCGUCAUCAGCUAUUGUUGCCAGUCAGCAAGCCGCAGCCCCCUCCCUCUACCCCCCGGCGCGGAGAUGAAAACGGGAGACGUGACCGACACCUCGCCACCCUGCAAAGAUUCAUGUGACUGGCUCACAUGAGGAAGCCCUGGGCUCCGAGUCCAUUUUAGACAUCAGUUGAAUGGUGUUUCUAUAUUUGUAGUUCUCUGCCUGAAUGUCCGGCAGAUUAUUUUUUUUCUUCUCCUAGCAGCAUCUUUUUCCCUCGUUUCCCUCCUGCCCCACCGUGGACUGGGACUGACCUCAUCCAAGGUUCAAAGCCAUCACUGUCUGCCCAUGUGCACACCUCCGCUGAUAUCUAUUGGUCUUUGCACUGUUGAUGAACGAACACAUGCAAAAAUAGACCAAUUGACUGCCUGAAAAGCUGAAAAGGGUUUCUGACUGCAUAGUUUUUUUUAGUCCCUUGCAGAACGGGGCUGGGUUGCUGGGGGGGGGUGAUGGGGGAGGGGUCAAACUAAAAUAAAGACUGACAAAACUAAACAAGUGAAUCAUGUUGAAAUGUUUGAACUUGCUGUUGUUGACCUGUUGUACCCAGUGUGCCAGUAUAUCCUGACAAUUAUCAUUAGUAGGUGUACUGUGUGGUGAAAGGACGCUUGAGGAGAGAGGCUCAACCUCCUCAGACUUAUAUAGGCGUUGAAGGGUUUGUUUUCUCGUCCCUCAACCAGCCAUUUGCUCGCUAAACACCUCUUGGUUCACUUUUCAGGGAUAGACAUAAUUAUUGUGUGAAGGGAACACAUUCACCUCAAUACAGUUCAUGUUUUGUGUUUUCUUGA